AUGGACGGUAUCUUCUCCGUGGCAUCUUGUUAUAGGCAUUUUGUUAGUAAGCGUGUUCCAUGUGGGCCUUUUGAGAAGUUCAAUGAGGUUUUGUCGUUGAUAUGGAAGUUGGAUGUUCCUUUUAAAAUCAAAGCUUUUGGUUGGAGGUUUUUUGUGAAUAGGCUUCCUUUUAAGGAUUUACUCUUGGUUAGAGGUAUAGUUUUGUCUCAAGAUAAUUUAAAGUGUGUUUUUUGUGGUAUCGUUCCGGAAAACCGAGAACACUCCUUUUUGAAUUGUAAAGUUGUGGAGGUGGUGUGGAGGGAUAUUUCUUGUUGGAUUGGGAAGCCUUGGAGGGUCAUGGAAGAUGAGUGCAAAAAGUGUUUCAUGGAUUGGUAUUCUUUUUGUAAAAAGAAAAAAGUGAAAGUGGGUAAAUUUGGUGUUGUGUGGUUAGCUACAAUAUGGAUUCUUUGGAUUACUGGGAAUGGGAUAUGUUUUCGUAAUGAAGGUUGGGAUGUCAAUAAUACGAUAUGGAAGAUUAAAUCUUUGAUAUGGAAAUGGUCUUUUAUUGGAAAAAUUACUCAUCCCAUUUGUAGCUUUUACGAGUUUGACAAGGAUCCGUUGUUAUUCCUUUCGUGGAUCUAA